AUGUUGCUCAAAAAUAUUAAUGAGCCUAAAUGUGCUAAUCAUAAUCAGCGAAUAACAAUAGUCAACUAAGAAAAAAGUAGUCAGGAAAGGUUUAUGUGUGAUGAAUGCAUUAAAAAUAAACAAAUGAAUAAAGUAAUUUUAUUUUCCAAAGCUUUUGGUAUUAACUAAGAGAUUAAGAGAUGGCAAAUUUAAAUCUUAGAAAAAAUUUAGGAGUUUCAGAAAAUAUUCUAAAGAAUAAAGGAAGAAUUUUAAAAAUAAUUGAAUUAAUUAGAUAACAUUAUCUAAAAAUGGACCUAAUAUAUUUAAAACUUGAAUGAAUAGUUUAAUUUAUAAUUUGAUGAAUUUGAUGUUGUGACUCAAAAAAUGAAUUAAUAAAGUGUUUCUAAAAUAAAAAAUAUAUUAUAGAAUUUAUUCAAACUUGAAUCAAUAGAUAUUUUUAUUGAACAACUUUCAAAUUUUGAUUAAAAAAUAGAGCGUUAAAAAAACGAAAAACAAAAUAAUAAUAUUUAGGAAAUAAAUAAGUAGAAUUCAAAGAUUAUUUAGAUAUUAUAUAUAUCUAAUUUUGGUAUAGUUUUAUAUAAUAAUUUAGAUUGGGAAAAAGAAUCAAUAUUUAAUAAUUUAAUAGUAGAUAUAGAUUCUUUUUAAAUUGAGAAUGGGAAUAAAAUUGUAUAAUUAAAAACUAAAAUUGCUUUUCUUAAAAUAAUUUAAUUAGUAUAACUUUAAUAUAUAUUCUUUGAAGACACCAGAUAAACUGCAAAUCAGAAGAUUAAUUUAGAAUUAAUAAAUGGAUGCUGUAAUUUUUGAGAUUGAUGAUAUUUUAAUUGAAAAUUAUGAAUAACUCGUUAAAUUGUUUAGAAAUGAUUAAAAUCAUAAUAAAGAACAAAUCGCUUUUCUCACUUAGAAUACGAUAAAAUUAGAUCAAGAGCAACUGAUUUCGAUGAAAAAAUUUGCUAAAAAUAAUAAGAUCUGUUUAUUAGAAUUUUACAAAAAUUAAUUUCAAAAUGUAAGAGAAUAAUUCAAUUAUAUUGCAAGUAAACUGAUUUAAGAUAUUCAAAAUGAUUAAAAGCAAAUCAUAUGUAAUAAUAAUUCUGAAAGUUAAUAAAAAAAUAAUUAAUCAUGUAAUUUAGGCAUUGAAUAAAUGACUUUAUAUCAAGAUAAUGAAAUAAAUCAAAGUAAUAGAAGUACUUCAUAGAAACGAUUUGAUUCUUUAAAAGAUCCAUCAGAAUUUGAUAAAAAUUUAGUUUUUAAAUAAUUUUAUGAAGACUGUUUGAUUUAAAAAAUGGAUGUUAUUUAAACUGAUAAUACUAAAUAUGAUUAUUUAGUUUAAUUUACUAAUUUAAACUUUUAUUUUAACUCUAAAAAUUUAAAUUCUCCAUUACCAAUCUUAAAAUAGAAGAUUUAUUAGUCUAUAGGUAAAUUAUAUUUUACAGAAUUUGAUGAAAAUAUAAAUCCAAAAUACUUAAUAUAAGAAGGAAGUUUUGAAAUAGAUAUAAAAUCACUUAAAUUUAUUUUAAAUGGACAAGGUAUAGAAUAUGCUUAAAAAUCAAAUGUUAUAAAGUACGAAGGAGAAUUUUAUUAAGGAUAAUUAAAAUAAAAUUAAAUUAGAAAUGAUGAAAGAAAACAUCAACCUUAAUAUUAAAAUUAAAAUAGUUAAAAAGAAUUGUAUUUAUAAAAUAAUGAUUUGUAAUAUCAAAAACAUUGGUGUAAAUUGAAUCAAUAAUUCAACUAAAAAGACAAUUUAAUUUUCUCAUAAAAUUAAUGGUUGCCAAGUAGGAUUAUUGAUGCUUAUGUUAAUUAUUUAAAUUUGAAUAAUGAAAAAAGAUAUUUCUAAACCUCCAAAGAAUAAAGACAUCUUAUAAAAAGAAUAUUAUUCAUGCCCACUACUUUAUCAACUAAUUAUGCUAAACCAUAUGAUUUUAAUCAAGCAAAAAACAAAUUUGAUUCAGAAUUGUUAUAAUACUAAGAAAUUAAUUAUGAUUUAAAAAAAGUUUAUUCUAAGGUUGGUUUUCCAAUAAAUAAAUAUAAUUCCCAUUGGUAUUUUCUAUUAUAUGAUUUACAAUCUUAAGAAGUAACAUAUGUUAAUUCACUUACUAUGAAUGGAUUUGAAGAUCAAUUAGUAAGAAUUCUUUCCUAAUUAUUGAAUUCAAACCCUGAUAUUAAUAUUAUUUAAAAUUAGCUUACAUAAUAAAAUGAUGGCUAUUCUUGUGGAUAUCAUGUCUGCUCUGUUAUGUAAUAUUAUUCAGAAAUUUAAUUUAAUAAAAAAGUUGAAUAUCAUUAUAAUGAAACAUAAAUAAAAACAAUACUCUAAGAGAUAAUUUAAUAAGUCUGA